ACAACUGUUUCUAAUUACUUCCCUGCCUAGACUCUCCACUUGAGGGGUUUCGUACCAGCACCCCGCCCAGAGCAGUACUGCUGCCCAAAUCCUAGCAGGCAGCUCAUCCACGCCCUUGCAGCUCCGGGGAGAGCCCCGGACCUGCCCGCCUGGGUGUCUGUGGGUCCUUCUGCCCGGCCAUCUGCUGGUGGCACCUCUCCCCCGCCGGAGCCUCCCCGACCCCCGGCCCCGUGUGCGCCACCUUGCAGCAGCGCUGCUGGCCUCCGCAGCCGGGAAACUCAGCAUGCGUCCCGCAGGCUUCGGGAACUUCUUGCUGCUGGUGUCCUCCCUUCUCUUCGCGGGGCUGUCAGCUGUUCCUCAAAGCUUCUCGCCAUCUCUGAGAAGAGGCCCGGGCGCCGCGUGCCGGCUCUCCCGGGCCGAGUCGGAGCGCCGGUGCCGGGCGCCCGGGCAGCCCCCAGGGGGCGCUCUGUGCCACGGCCGCGGCCGGUGCGACUGCGGGGUCUGCAUCUGUCACGUGAGCGAGCCCGGCGUGUACUUCGGGCCCCUGUGCGAGUGCCACGAGUGGAUGUGCGAGACCUACGACGGGAGUACCUGUGCAGGCCACGGUGUGUGUGACUGUGGAAAGUGCAGAUGUGAUGGAGGAUGGUCUGGGGACGCUUGCCAGUACCCAAAGACCUGUGACCUGACAAAGAAACAGAGCAACCAAAUGUGCAAGAAUUCUCAAGAUAUCAUCUGCUCUAAUGCAGGUACCUGUCACUGUGGCAGGUGUAAGUGUGAUAAUUCAGAUGGAAAUGGACUCAUUUAUGGUAAAUUUUGUGAGUGUGAUGAUAGAGAAUGCAUAGAUGAUGAAACAGAAGAAAUAUGUGGAGGCCACGGAAAGUGUUACUGUGGAAACUGUUACUGCCAGGCUGGUUGGCAUGGAGAUAAAUGCGAAUUCCAGUGCGACAUCACCCCCUGGGAGAGCAAGCAAAGAUGCACAUCUCCAGAUGGCAGAGUCUGCAGUAACAGAGGGAUUUGUGUGUGUGGUGAAUGUUCUUGCCAUGAUGUUGACCCGACUGGAGACUGGGGGGAUAUUCAUGGGGACACCUGUGAGUGUGAUGAAAGGGACUGCAAGGCUGUCUAUGACAGAUAUUCUGAUGACUUCUGUUCUGGUCAUGGGCAGUGUAACUGUGGAAGAUGUGACUGCAAAGUAGGCUGGUAUGGGAAAAAGUGCGAGCACCCACGUUCCUGCCCGCUGUCAGCUGAGGAGAGCAUCAAGAAAUGCCAGGGAAGCUCUGCUCUGCCUUGCUCUGGAAGGGGGAAGUGUGAGUGUGGCGAAUGCACUUGCUACCCUCCGGGAGGCGGCAAAGUAUAUGGCAAGACGUGUGAGUGUGACGAUCGCCGCUGCGAAGACUUGGACGGCGUGGUCUGUGGAGGCCACGGCACGUGUUCCUGCGGUCGCUGCGUUUGCGGGAGAGGAUGGUUCGGGGAGCUCUGCCAGCAUCCGCGCAAGUGUAACCUGACGGAGGAACAGAGCCGGAGUCUGUGCGAAUCGGCAGAUGGCGUACUGUGCUCGGGGAAGGGUUCUUGUCACUGUGGGAAGUGCGUUUGCUCUGCCGAAGAAUGGUAUGUUUCGGGAGAGUUCUGCAGCUGUGACGACAGGGAGUGCGACAAGCAUGACGGUCUCAUCUGCACAGGGAAUGGAAUCUGUAGCUGUGGAAACUGUGAAUGCUGGGAUGGAUGGAACGGAAAUGCAUGUGAAAUCUGGCUCGGCACAGAAUAUCCUUAACAAUCCAUGGCAGAGAACUGGAUUCUUAUUUUUCUAGGCCAUUAGAACAUAUAAAUGCAGAGGGAACCAUAUAUAAUCAUCACUAGGACAGGUCAAACAGACCAUUGUAUGUUUUUCUAUUUCUGAAUGCCUCAGUGAAAUCUGGGUACCCAUUAAAAAUGAGUUAAGCAAAUUCUGAUGUAAAUAACGCCAGAAAGAUUUUUUUCUACCUUAAUGUACAUCAGUGGUUCUCAACAAGGGCAACUUUACCACCCAGAAGACAUUUGGCAAUGUCUACAGACAAGUUUCAUUGUCCCACUGGGUGAGGUGGGAGGGCGUGCUAUGGGCAUCUAGCGCGUGGAGACCAGGGUUGCUGCAAACAUCCUCUGGUGCAGGACAGCCUCCCACAGCAAACAAUUAUCUGACUUCAAGUAUCAAUGGUGCCUGAGCUGAGAAACACUGAGUUACACGGUUGUUAGAAAUGCACACCCCUAUACAAGAAAGACCAUAUUAGAGUCUAAGGAAAAGACAUAUCCUCACAUAAAUCCAUUGACCAUAUUUUGCCAGUAUUUCCAUAUGGAGACAUGAGGUAUGUGGUAUACAAACACACAUGGGGUAGGAGAGCAGGCAGAAACUACAUCACCAGUGCUUU